CUAGCUCAAGGCGGUUGUUUCAUAAUUGAUUUAUCUUCAAGGUCGGAGCUAUUUGCACACUUUUAUGCCCUGAUGAUUUUAUCACCUGAAAGGAAAUGUGGAUGUAAGGGAAUCCGGACUUGUGCAGUAUGUGACAAUGACAACAUUCACAAAGAUGAAGGACGACAGCUUUACGAGUUCACAUAUUGUCCUUUUUGCGAUAUGGCAGUCGUUGAAACAAACACCAUGUCAAAAGAGUUUCAUGUCCAUCAAGGUGGUUUUCCUUUCCUGGACAUCAAAGUUAUUCAAAAUUUUAUUGACGAAAAUGAAGAAGCAAUGCUGGUCGAGGAGAUCGAUAAACAAGCAUGGGUUUUAUCUCAAUCCGGGAGGAGAAAACAGGAUUAUGGACCAAAAGUGAAUUUCAAACGACAGAAGGUGCAGAUUGGAGGAUUUUAUGGUCUGCCAGUAUAUUCUAGGUUCCUGAUCACACGUUACAAUGAUAUGAUUAAAGAAAGCAAAUCUCUUCGCCCUGAAUUUCUCCCAGUAGAGUUGUGCAACCUGGAGUAUAAAUCAGAUCGUGCAGCUUGUAUUGUACCGCACUAUGAUGAUUCAUGGUUGUGGGGUGAUCGAUUGGUGACUGUCAACUUGAGUGGCACCACUUAUUUAACUUUCACAUUACCGACAACCGAUAUAGUGGAUGGCAUAAACGAUGAAUUUCAACGUAUUCAAUCAUAUAUGCCAAAUGUCUCCCGGGGGUCAUUUUGCGUACGUGUUCCGCUGGACAGACGUUCCCUUGUGGUUGUUAGUGGACCUGCGCGAUAUAUCUGGCAACAUGAAAUUAGGCGUUCAGAUAUACCUAUUCGACGUAUUGCUAUGACAUUUCGUGAAUUGAGUAAUACAUUUUCUCCUGAAUUAGGUAAUAUGACAGACGAACAAAAAUUUGGUAAGAAACUCUUAGAAAUCGCUUCUACAUACGCUCAUAUAUGAAAUAAAAAGCUGAAAUAUACAACUUUGUUAAUAACAACUAACAAAUACAAACGCUUAUUUCAUUAAACUUAAAAUUGACAAGCUACACUCACAAAAUUGUUCUAGUGAAGAGACAUACAAAUAAUGGUGAAAUAUUCAAUAAACUAUAUAAUCUCUGUUCCUCAUAACAUUCAACUCUUAAAGUUACAGGAUCAUGAAGUUCCUAGACAUUCAGUAAUAUUAUACUGACAGGAAAGCAAUUCUUGAGAAAUUCUCUAUAUAAAUUUAACUGAAGCCUAAAUGACGAGUGAAGCAGUUAAAUAUGAGUUAAUGUUAUUUCAUGCUUUCUCUUCAGUUGCCUACAAUCGUAUUCGUAUCAAAGUGUAACAUUGAGAUAUAAUAAUAAUAAUAAUACGAAAUUAUAGACAUUGGUAAUGGAAUAGAAAAAUUCUAUACGUGAAGAUACACGCUGACAGAAAUUCAUUGAGAAGUAUGUCAAAACAUAUGGACAUUUUGAAUAUGAUACAACAUAAAAGAAAGCUUGCUUUGUACAUAUUCGCUUUAAUGAAGCUGAAGUUACUGAAACAAUUAUUGACAAUACAAAAUGGCGCAAUGAAGAUCGCUUAUUCAGUAACAAUAAAGUAAACUGUCCUUUUUAAAAAAAAUUCGACAAGUCUUCUUCUCUCAGUACCUCCAACUUUAUUAUUUUAUUUCAACACAUAGAUAUUAGUACAAAGAGGCACCAAAUAUAUAUGCGCCA